UCAGAUGAGAAACGGCCAUCAUCUUGAGAGAUCACUUACCAGCGGCGCAAACAUGUCCAGGUCUUUUUAUGUCGAUUCUUUAAUAAUCAAGGACGCGGUUCGACCGGCGGAGCAUCCGGGACAGGACUUCCUCAUCCCCAUCAGCAUGCACUCUCCCAGCGUCAUGACGGUCACCGCUCCGGUGUGCCCGUCCCGGAAGACGGGCACCUUCUGCGUGUGCCCGCUGUGCGUCACGUCCCACCUCCACUCCUCCCGCGGCGGCAUCCCCCUGCUGAAGAGCCAGUUUGCGGGCCCGGAGGCGCAGUACUGUCACAGGAUCGCGCAUCAGCAGUCCGCUGCGCUCGCGCACCCGGGACACACACCUGUCUGCACGCCCACGUUCGGCGUCACAGACCCGAGGAGAUACCACUGCCUCUCUAUCGGUGCCUCCGACAACAGCCACAUACAGAAUGGCAAAAGAAUGCGCACGGCGUUCACCAGCACGCAACUCCUAGAACUUGAGAGGGAGUUUUCCACGAACAUGUAUCUCUCCAGACUCAGGAGAAUCGAAAUCGCCACGUACUUGAGCCUCUCGGAGAAGCAGGUGAAGAUCUGGUUUCAGAACCGCAGGGUGAAGCACAAGAAGGAGGGCAAAGCCACCCAGAGGACCGCGCACAGCGGCGGCUGCAAGUGCACGAGCAGCAUGACGGACUACUCGAGGUCGGAGGACGAGGAGUCUCUGUCCCCGGCCUCUGCGUCGGAGGAGAAGGAGGAGGAGGUGUCCCCCAUCUGAGCGCGGCCAGACCCCCGCUGCUGCCCGGCACUUUCAUGGCCAUCGGGCCAAAAGAAGAAGAACAAGAAGAAAAGAAGAACCUGCAUGAGAUAUGAAUUGUUCCAAAUGUUCGUUUCAUGUUUAUCCUGCUUCUGAAUUUAAAAAAGGAAUAAAAUGUGAAUACGUGUUUUAACGCUGUGGUGAAGUAUGACCCAAUGUGUGCUGUAACGGUGACGUGUUUUGACCCCUUUACGGGUUCUCACCUACAAACCCGGGUCUAACCCGAGUCAAACCCCACUAAGUGUUGCCCUUAUAGACAUAGCACAGCACCAAGCAUUUGUAAACUAUGUAAAAUGUGUAUUUAUUGUAAUAAACACGACGAG